AGCACAAAUCGGUUGUGUACAGUAUGCUAUUCGUGACAUGGUGUCAGCACCCAGGACAUUACUAAAUUAUAAUUAUGAAAUUGAUGACAAAAUGUUUUGUCUGUACUCACAAAUAAACACACCCUUUUCCAUAACACACAUUUGAUAUUGAAGGGAUGGUGAAAUGUUUUGGGCUGGACUGACAAAAACACACCCAUUUCCAUAACACAAUUUUGAUAUUGAAUUGAAAAUUAUUUUAAAGAGAACAUUCCAGUUGGAUAUCUUGUCAAUCAAUGCAUUUAUAACAAUAUAUUAUCACCCUAGAGGUACAUUUUGAAUUAGCCUACAAUGAAGACUUAAAUAAAAUGGAGUGUAUGGUGCAAUCAAUUCCAACAGAUGCCAGAUACUAGGCUAGCCAUACUGUAGCGUUGUUCUGCCCUGCAGUCCAGGUAGAUCAAGUCUCCUGAGACAGAAUGUGAAGCUUGCGACUACCCAUUGGGCCUAGACAGAAUAUUGAACAUGAAUUUAGCAAAAAAAAGAACAAAUAAAUGUAUGGCUUUUCCAUAUAUGAACAUUUAAGAUACAUCUCUCACGUCCUCUCGCGCACCUCCCCCCAAUAGAUGUCAGUGUGUUCGAAAAUAAAAAGGGCUCCCUCCUCAUUCUCCUCCCUCCGCGAAAGGGUGUGCGUUUUGAAAGGUUGUAUUUAUCUCGCUAACGUCACAUUACAGGAGUACAUUGGCGGAGUGAUAACAUCAGAAGUCACUGUCGGAGCCACGCAUCCUCAUACUGACUGAGUUCAAAGAAGGUCUUGUUCUGUCCGGGACAGGGUACGGCGGCAUACACCCGAUGCAUGGAAUGGAGUUCAUAUAUCUCGGAUCCCCCACAAAUGCAACGUGACAGUUCUAAACGUUUAAUUCAAGGUCAAUAUUGGACUUCGAUCAGCUGUAACCGCGGACAUUAUUGAGGAUAUUUAUCUUCUUGUGGAACCGGAAUUGUAUGAGCAGCAUCUUUUUCUUUUCUUUUUCGGCGGUGAGCAAUGCCAUCUUUCACCGAAGAGGUUAACCUACGCUCCCAGUAUCUAAAACAACAUUUCGGACCAAGUGUUCAAUUAAAAAAUGUGCUAUUUAGGAGAGGAUAUGUAACUAGCUAACUAACAGCACUGUAGCCGUGUCUUGAGCACUCCAGGUCCGGUGUACCUUCGACGUUUCCUGAUUUCACGAAAGGUGUUAGCCAGCUUGCCACAGUACCUGGAACUGCUGCAUCCAUCUCAAAUAGCUUACUAAAGUUUCCUAGCUAGCCAGCCAAUUGUCGAACAUGGAUAUUUUGUGGGUCCUUUGGAAAACCACUUGCUAGUGAGGAAAGUGUGUUCAUUACACGCACACCCCCACUAAAUUCUUUAAAUAAAAAAAAACGAAUUUCAACAUGUCUGUUCGCGUAGUUUUACACUCACCCAAUGGCUCCAGAAGUUUUCUGGAGCGGGGACUCCUACUUCUGGUGAUGUUGAUCUUUCUGGAGGGCACCGUACUGACGCUUGGAGCUGCAAGCUCACCGGACAUCAGCGCGCAGGACAACACUGGAGGACGCGACCACCGAGGGAUAGCAGGCAGCCACGACCAUACUAACUACACAUACACAAAAAAGGCCUUCCCUGUCCUGUCUCUAGAUUACCAUCACAUACAGGUGCCUUUCGAGAUCUCUUUAUGGGUGCUGCUGGCCUCUUUAAUGAAAUUAGGGUUCCACCUGAUCCCGCGGCUGUCCAGCAUCGUGCCCGAGUCCUGUCUGCUCAUUGUGGUGGGCCUCCUGGUCGGUGGCCUCAUCAAGCUGGCAGGCGAGGAGGUACCACCCGUGCUGGACUCCAACCUCUUCUUCCUGUGCCUCCUCCCCCCGAUCAUCCUGGAUGCGGGCUACUUCCUGCCCAUCCGGCCCUUCAUGGAGAACAUCGGCACCAUCCUGAUGUUCGCCGUGGUCGGCACCCUGUGGAACGCCUUCUUCGUAGGGGGUCUCCUCUACGCCGUGUGCCAGAUCGAGGGCACAUACCUGAGCCAGGUGGAGCUGCUGCCCUGCCUGCUGUUCGGGAGCAUUAUCUCGGCCGUGGACCCGGUGGCCGUGCUGGCUGUGUUUGAGGAGAUCCACAUCAACGAGCUGCUGCACAUUCUGGUAUUCGGAGAGUCGCUGCUCAAUGAUGCCGUCACUGUGGUCUUAUACCACCUGUUUGAGGAGUACUCUGGUGCAGGUGAGGUAACGCCGAUGGACGUGGUCCUCGGGGUCAUCUGCUUCCUGAUUGUGUCGCUGGGUGGCAUCGCCGUGGGCGCCAUCUACGGUAUCCUGGCGGCCUUCACCUCCCGGUUCACCUCGCACACCCGCGUCAUCGAGCCCCUCUUCAUGUUCGUUUACAGCUACAUGGCUUACCUCUCGGCGGAGAUGUUCCACCUGUCUGGAAUUAUGGCGCUGAUUGCGUGUGGUGCGGUGAUGCGUCCCUACGUGGAGGCCAACAUAUCCCACAAGUCCCACACCACCGUCAAGUACUUCCUGAAGAUGUGGAGCAGCGUGAGCGAGACCCUCAUCUUCAUCUUCCUGGGCGUGGCCACGGUGGCCGGGCCGCACGCCUGGAACUGGACCUUUGUCUCCGUCACCGUCAUCCUUUGCCUGGUGUCACGUGUCAUUGGCGUGGUGGGCCUUACCUUUAUCAUCAACAAGUUCCGCAUCGUCAAGCUGACCACCAAGGACCAGUUCAUUGUGGCCUACGGUGGCCUGCGAGGGGCCAUCGCCUUCUCCCUGGGCUACCUGCUAGACAAGGACCUCUUCCCCAUGAGGACCAUGUUCCUCACCGCCAUCAUUACCGAAAUCUUCUUCACCGUGUUUGUACAGGGCAUGACUAUCAAACCCCUGGUGGACCUGUUGGCCGUGAAGAAGAAGCAGGAGGCCAAGCGCUCCAUCAAUGAGGAGAUCCACACCCAGUUCCUGGACCACCUGCUGACUGGCAUUGAGGACAUCUGUGGACACUACGGCCAUCACCACUGGAAAGACAAGCUAAACCGCUUCAACAAGAAGUACAUAAAGAAGUGCCUGAUAGCGGGCGAGCGCUACAAGGAGCCGCAGCUCAUCGCCUUCUACCACAAGAUGGAGUUCAAGCAGGCCAUCGAGCUGGUGGAGAGCGGCGGGGGCGUCAAGCUGCCCUCCGCCGUGCCCUCGCAGGUCUCCAUGCAGAACAUCCAGCCCAAGAAGCUGCCGCCCCCUGUAGCAGAGCGGGCCCUGCCUCAGUUCACCAAGGGCCGUGAGGAGGAGAUCAGGAAGAUCCUCAGGAGUAACCUGCAGAAGACCCGCCAGAGGCUGCGCUCCUACAACAGACACACUCUGGUGGCCGAUCCCUUCGAGGACGGAUGGAACGACUUCCUCCUGAAGAAGCAGAGGUUGAUCGACCUAGAGAAGAAGAUGACAGAGAUGAGUAACUACCUCACAGUCCCUGGCGCAAUUCCUGACUCCCCCACCAUGUGCAGAGCCAGACUGGCCUCGGACCCCAACGCCUUCUACAACAUCAAGGCGUCCUCAGACGGCGUCCCUACCAUCCAGGUGGACCUGGCCUCCCCCCAGUCCCCGGACUCUGUCAACAUGCUGAACGAGUUCUCCAAGGAGGGUGCCACGGGCCUGGGUCAGAGGGAGGGUGCCACGGGCCAGGGCCUGGGUCAGAGGGAGGGUGCCACGGGCCUGGGUCAGAGGCAGGGGGCUGACCGGGAUGAGGAUCGAGGCCUGAUGAUGAAGCCGGCCGGGAAAGGGGAGAAGGGAGAGGAAGAGGGGGGCAACAAGAACCCAGGGCUGAUGAGGUGUCUGAGUGACCCGGGACCCAGUAAUGAGGACGAGGAGGAUGAACCAUUCCUUCCCUAAAAAACAACUAGCUCCUUCCAUUGCGAGGAAUAGGGAGGGGCCUGGUUGUAGCGGCUCCUUCCCAUGAGCGGGGCACUACAGGGGAAAGGUCCACUUCCUCUCACUCCACCACCACCUCAUUUGAGUUUGCUAUCCCAUUGGUUGAGGAACAAAUAAAGCCAAAACUGGACUUGGGACAUAACUUGAUUUAUGAACCAAAAGAGAAAAGGAUACUAAAUAGCCAUCUUUUUUCAAUAGUUGUCAUUGCUCUUUUUUCGUUGUUUAAGUGAUAGGAAGGCAGUCGCCACCUUGGCUGAUCUUGGGCUCGGUGGAAAUUAUCCCGAGAGACAGGGGAACAUAAUUAUGCGUUACCAAAGGGUUGGACUGGUUUAGUCACAGACAAUGUUCCACAUUUUGUCGUCAUAACGUUUACGAUCGGUCUUCUACUUUCAAGAAAAGUUGGCCUCUUUUUUUUUUUUUGUCAGACAGAGUAAACCCCCUUUCACUAGGUGCAUUGUAUCAGACAAUUAACCUCUUAAACUGCAUGUUUUUAAUUUAAGGGUUGAUAUGAGGCUGUUGUUUAUGUGGUUGUCUUUUGUCAUCGUUUGUCCUUCAGUUGGUCAGGGUUCUACGUGGUGUACUCGGUGCUGUACACUGGAUGUACUUCACACUGUAAUGUCUGUCGAGUUUAGCACAGUGAAAACCCCUUUCUUCACCACCUCGCCUAUUGAGACCCUAAGUCUAAGGAAUGUGUCAAUCGCCAGACUUGGAAAUGUAAUGUUGCAUCGCCGUUUAAAGCGCCUCCUCUCUAUUUGAAUCGAACAUACAAAAUCGGCAGCAUCGCUGAGAUGUGUAUGCUGUGCAGUAGAAGAUCAUUUACAUACAAGAAGGAUUGUGAUGCAACACCAAGAGAUUUGUUGAUCUUGAAUGGACUUCACUCCCCUAUAUAAGCCGAUCCCUAAAAUCACACCAAAUACUGUUAUACUCCUGACACCCAGCCAAAAAAAAACUGUUUUGAGUUCAAAUAAUUUACAAAGACAAAUUUGUAUGUGCACUGUAGUGGACAUAAAGAAAAAGUUGAUAGUAAAUAUGAAACAUGUAUAUUACAGUAGGUAAACAUAGUUGUCACAUCCUGAUGUCUACUACAGAGGGCAUUUAUAAACACUCUUAUUUAGCUCGUAUUGAAUUUGGAAAAAAAUGGUUACACUGCUCUGAAAACCAUCCACAUUCUUUCUAAGAUAUUUACUAGAAGGAAUUUCAAUUCAAACUCACAAAAAUGACAAUUACACAAAUACAUACACUUACCUUCUUACCACAGCAUAUGCUAAUUGUGUUGGCAGCCAUUUUGAAAAUCCAGGAAGAGAACGUUAUCUAGGCCACACCCCCACUCAUGUGAUAUCAUUGGAUAAACCCAGAAUGUCCUACAACAGGACUUAACCUAGUGGCAUGUCAAAGAGAGUGGCCAAAAAUGAAUGGUUGGGUCUCAGGAGGAUAUGUUACAAGUUCCCUUUAAGAAAAGGCUCUAGUAUGGGCCAUUUCAGAACCAUUUUGUGGCGUUUUCUCCAUCUUACAAUUCAUGUUGCAUCUUAUGACUCUGAUCUAUUCUCUCUUUGCACCUUAUUCACAUCAAGUAUUUUUUUUUACAUUUUUAAAAGACCCCGUUGCCGGUUUAACGUUCCUCAUUUGGUUUUUAGCGCUCCCCUUUUGAAAAUGUAGUGUUCCAUAACCAUUUUGGAGUUUUAGGCAUCACUGUGAAGGAUAUGUGGGUGGACUGAACAGAUAUUUUGUCGUCGAACCACCUCAAUGGCCCAGAAUAUAUAUUUACGCGUCCACCAUCACAGGUAUGUUGACUUUGUCAAUCCACAACAGACACAAUCAUGACACGCAGGUUAAAAUAUCAAAACCAACGAUGUUAAUUUGGGGCAGGUCGAAACACACAUUUAAAAAUUCAUAUACAUUUAACCAGCUAGCUAGUUUAUCCUAGGAGAUGGACACCGGGUUGUUAUUAUACCUGACAUGCAUACGGUCCGAUUAUUAGCUGGUUCAUGGUAGAAUCUUUGACCCGGAGUCAAAAUCGUGCUUCUCUACUCCGAUGAAUCCACAGGUAAAAAGGGAAACCUAGUUAGUUUUUCAGUUCGUUAUCUCUAGUUAAUCGCUCCUCGUUUUGUCUUUCAAGCUUUCGCGUGGGUUUGUGUCUUCCUGAUAUCCAAUAAGGAGGGGACUUGCAGUGCGACCAAUGGAGCAUGUUAUUUAAAAUGCUGCCCUGGAGAUACAGGCAUGGGCAGAAGUAGCAGUUCAAUGCAGUGUAUUGGUGUGAAAUGUGUAUAGCGAUAUAUUGAUUAUAACCAUUUAAUUGAACGAUGCCCUUUUUAAAGCAUAUGCCAUGAUGUGAUCUUGUCAAUGCAAACGAAGAGGUCAUCACGGGCUAGCUAGUUGUAAGCAAAUUCACAUCUGAACGCAAGAGCCAGCACCUAUUCUGCUCGCACAACAGCGUAAGGCUAAUCUAGGGUUUGUCUAAAACUAUGAAAACCUUGUCAUGUACAGUAUAUGGUUGUAUAGGAAUUAUGUAUACAGUGCAUUGCUUCUCUUUUCUACACCAAGCCUUAGGAUCAAUAGGAAUAAUUAAUUUGAUUUGAAAAGGCUGUUAGCUAUAUUGUCAAUGUGAUUACUGUUGUUCAUCGAUCUGAACAUCUCAACGGGACAUUCAACCACUUUUAGGUGCAAAGUAAAUUGCACCUAACAUUGAUUCAAUAGCGUAGCAACCCCUCAUCCCACCUACUGUAUAACCAUCUUAGAUUUGUAACAUGAGUGACAACUUUAGCUGGAGUCUGUAACUGUCUCAACUAGAGAAGCCUAAGAUGUCCAAGACCGUGGCCUAGUUUGCUGGCUGUCACCUUGGUGUUAGAAUGACCCUUGUCCCUCUCUGACCUCUGUGUGCUAUCACUUUAUGCCAAGAGAGUAAGAGAGGGGUCUCCUUACAGCUUAGGAGAGAGAGAGGUCUCCCUACAGUUUAGGGGAGGAGAGAGAGGUCUCCUUACAGCUUAGAGGAGAGAGAGAGGUCUCCUUACAGCUUAGAGGAGAGAGAGAGGUCUCCUUACAGCUUAGAGGAGAGAGAGAGGUCUCCUUACAGCUUAGAGGAGAGAGAGAGAGGUCUCCUUACAGCUUAGAGGAGGAGGGAGGAGAGAGGUCUCCAUACAGCUUAGAGGAGAGAGAGAGGUCUCCAUACAGCUUAGAGGAGAGAGAGAGGUCUCCAUACAGCUUAGAGGAGAGAGAGGUCUCCAUACAGCUUAGAGGAGAGAGAGAGGUCUCCAUACAGCUUAGAGGAGAGAGAGAGAGGUCUCCAUACAGCUUAGAGGAGAGAGAGAGAGGUCUCCAUACAGCUUAGAGGAGAGAGAGAGAGGUCUCCAUACAGCUUAGAGGAGAGAGCGAGAGGUCUCCUUACAGCUUAGAGGAGGAGGGAGGAGAGAGGUCUCCUUACAGCUUAGAGGAGGAUAGAGAGGGUCUCCUUACAGCUUAGAGGAGGAGGGAGGAGAGAGGUCUCCUUACAGCUUAGGCGAGGAGGGAGGAGAGAGAGGUCUCCUUACAGCUUAGAGGAGGAGAGAGAGGGUCUCCUUACAGCUUAGGCGAGGAGGGAGGAGAGAGGUCUCCUUACAGCUUAGAGGAGGAGGAGGAGGGAGAGAGAGGUCUCCAUACAGCUUAGAGGAGGAGGGAGGAGAGAGAGAGAGAGGUCUCCUUACAGCUUAGGCGAGGAGGGAGGAGAGAGAGGUCUCCUUACAGCUUAGAGGAGGAGAGAGAGGGUCUCCUUACAGCUUAGGCGAGGAGGGAGGAGAGAGAGGUCUCCUUACAGCUUAGAGGAGGAGAGAGAGGGUCUCCUUACAGCUUAGGCGAGGAGGGAGGAGAGAGAGGUCUCCUUACAGCUUAGAGGAGGAGGAGGAGGGAGAGAGAGAGGUCUCCAUACAACUUAGAGGAGGAGGGAGGAGAGAGAGGUCUCCUUACAGCUUAGGCGAGGAGGGAGGAGAGAGAGGUCUCCUUACAGCUUAGAGGAGGAGGAGGAGGGAGAGAGAGAGGUCUCCAUACAACUUAGAGGAGGAGGGAGGAGAGAGAGAGGUCUUCUUACAGCUUAGGCGAGGAGGGAGGAGAGAGAGGGUCUCCUUACAGCUUAGGGGAGGAGAGAGAGGGUCUCCUUACAGCUUAGGGGGAGGAGGGAGGAGAGAGAGGGGUCUCCUUACAGCUUAGGGGAGGAGAGAGCGGGAGGUGAGGAAGAGGUGCUUAGUGUAUUUGUUUACUUUCAUCUCCUGUUUUCUCAGCACCUAUUACUGUCAGCACAGUGGUUACUGAGGUUACAGUAGAGAGGGAAACAUGAGGACCGGGUGACGAUGUAAUGGCGUGCUACUAAUAAACCGUCGCCAUGCACGCACACAGUACUACACCGCGUGUGUGUGUGCGCUGUUCUCCUUUCCAGCAGGUCACCCCUGUCAUGUCCCCAUUCCCCCACAUGGGCAUUGCAGUUGAGGGUAGUUGUUGGUUGAGUCCAGGAAGGUGAAAUAGAUUAAAGCACCUCACCUCCUUCACUAAAACAAAUUGAAUUAGGUGUUGAAAUGUCAGAGCUUGUUGUGAAGGACAGGCUGCUUCAGCUGUGAGAGUUCGACGAGGACAAGGUCUUAUUGAUGAGAGAGGGGUUUAAAAUGAAGCGCUACGGAAUGAUUGACAUUUGAUACUUCCCUGGCUGAUUUCUGUCCAUUGUAUUGUUAUUUAAACGACACAGAAAUGUAAUAGAGUUUAAACAUGACAUUUACAAGGUUCCCGAAACAGGUUAUAUAAGGGAAACCAGAGAAAGUCAACUUUAGCUUGGGAAACGAUCCUUGGAAACUGUUUCUGAGCCCCAUUUUUCCGAGCCUUGUACUGUAGAGCGGAAGAGCAGUUGACUUCGAGGCUUCCCCGUCACUCUUUUAUUUGGCCACCACUUUAAAGACCAUCGAUGGUUUCCUGCUGGAAAGGAAGGAACUACUGUUGUCAUUAGUGUUUAGAAGACAGAUCUUUACAUUUCUACAGAACAAAAAAUUUAAACGCAACAUGCAACAAUUUCAAAGAUUUUUUCUGAAUUGCAGUUCAUAUGAGGAAAUCGGUUAAUUGAAAUCAAUUCAUCAUGGCCGUUUUAUCUAUGGAUUUCACGACUGUGAAUACUGAUAUGCAUCUGUUGGUCGCAGAUACCUUUAAAAAAAAAAAUGGGCCUCAGGAAUUUGUCACGGUAUUUUUGAGCUUUCAAAUUGCCAUUGAUAAAAAAAGCAAUUGUGUUUGUUGUCUGUAGCUUAUGCCUGCCUAUAUCAUAACCCCACCAAAACCAUGGGGCACUCUGUUCACAACGUUGACAUCAGCAAACCACUCGCCCACACAACGCCAUACACAUGAUGUGCGGUUGUCAGGCUGGUUGGACGUACUGAUGACAAAUUCUCUAAAACAACAUUGGAGGUGGGUUAUUGUAGAGAAAUUAACAUUCAAUUCUCUGGCAAUAGCUCUGGUGGACAUUCCUGCAGUCAGCAUGACAAUUGCACACUCCCUCAACUUGAGACAUCUGUGGCAUUGUGUUCUGCACAUUUUAGUGGCCUUUUAUUGUCCCCAGCACAAGGUGCACCUGAUCAUGCUGUUUAAUCACCUUCUUGAUAUGCCACACCUGUCAGGUGGAUGGAUUAUCUUGGCAAAGGAGAAAUGCUCACUAACAGGGAUGUAAACUAAUUUGCACACAACAUUUGAGGCGAAAUAACCUUUUUGUGAGUAUAUAACAUUUCUGGGAUAUUUUAUUUCAGCUCAUAAGACUUUACAUGUUGUGUUUAUAUUUUUGUUCAGUGUUGUUGCCCAGUACAUGUAGGCUGUCUUAAAAUCAUAGUCCGAGUGUUUCUCACCAACCAUACUGUGCAUCAAUAGUUUAAACACAGAUUUUUUUUUUUCCCACCCAAACAAAUGUUUUCGUAUCGAAACAACCCCUGGUUGGUGUGUCUGAAAAUCAUGCCGUGUGUUUUGUAACACUCUGCGUCGUUGUGUUGUGGUCCCAUGCAGACAACUACAUCUCAAGCCAUACGAUCUGUCUCGGGACUCUGAGAUGAAUUGGUGUGUGACAAUGCUAUGUGUCACAUUGCAGCAGCCUUUGUUCAAUAUUUCCUGCAGGGAAGGAAAUGUCCUGCUCAAAGCAGAGGAAGGUGAACAUUUUAUAAGUGGCUUCAAUGUCUUGCUUCACUCAUUUUCUUAAUUGUUCAAAUGCAAAUGAAUGUUUGUGUCUUUUCUCGGCUCCACGCUGAAUUAUUUUUGACAUUUGAUGGAUUGUUGAAGCUAUGUCUGUAUGAAUUCUCUUGCCUCGUUUCGAAGUGUGCUUAUGGAAUCCUAACGACCAGGGGUAUUAUGUUCUACAGGACUUAAGUUUGGACACGCUUGUGGUUUCUGUCUGCUUUCUGUGUGCUUUACAUCGGUUCGUGUGUUUAUUUGCGUUUGUAUAAUUGUUGCUACAUGUGAUUUUACCAUUCGGUUCACAUGCUUUAUUUGGGUUCAUUUGCUUUAUAUUUCUUCAUGUGUUCUACAAUGUGCUAAUGUGCUUCAUUUGGGUUCAUUUACUUUAUUUUGCUUCAUUUACUUUAUUUUGCUUCAUUUACUUUAUAUUCAGUUCACAUGCUUUAAUUGGGUUCAUACACUAUUUACAUUGGGUCCAUGUGCUUUAUUUGUUAAUUUAGCUUUAUAUUGCUUCAUGUGCUUUUACAUGGGUCUAUAUGCUUUUUAAAGUGGUUGGUUACCAAACUGGAACCGAACUAGACUGACAUUAGAGACCAAAUGCUUUCAUCCAAACUAGUGUCAUUUAAAAAAAAAAAAAAGAUUGUUCUCCUUACAUGGGUAGGUCGGAGCAGUAGAUCACGGGUAUAAAAACAACCUCGAUAGGACUAUGACCGUUGACAACAUGUCAGAUGUUUAUUAUGGCCUGACCCAUAACUGGCCGUAGGGUAAAGGAGCUUUCUUGUUUUUCUUUUCCCCUGCUGAGAAUCGACAGGUGGCUGGACUUGAGAAAUUAUCCCACAGUCAUCAUUUGUAUGUGUCCAAAGGGAUUUGCUUGUCUAAAAAAUAAAAAAAACUUAUCAGAGUUAUCUCACUCCUGAAGUGCACGUGUGGAUAUAACUCCUUACUCAAAACAUACUGCAGCCUGGUACGUAAGUGAUAAACAACGCAGGACAGACAAUGUAUGUGGACGUCCUUUCCCUACCUCUUGAGACUGUAACAAUUUGCCGCACCAUAUUGAUAAAAGCACUUUAAGCGAUACCUUUAACUCAAAAACUCACGUUAAAGCAAGAGCAAUACGUACGUGGGUUUUUGGUCACACAGGCUUUGCAUGGCAAGUGUAACAGGGGAUGUAUGUGUGGCACUAGUUUCACUGUUCUCUUUUUUUUCUGUUUUAAUGUCAGCUAAUUGAUCUCCAGUGAUUUGCAAAUGUGUACUUUGCAAUAAUACAAAUAUUUUAUUUUCUAUACAAGUGAAUUCAAAUAUAUACGUUGAUAUGUUAUAUAAAUAUAUAAUGUUACUGUACAAACAUCAAACUGUAUGAAAAGUGACACUAGUGACAGCUGUGCACUGUGUUGUCGGUUAGCCUAGCUUAAGUAUUCCAUCCUUAUAUUACGAAAACAAAACUAAUGCAGUAAUGUUGAAAUGAAACGAUAUACCAAAUUAAAGUUGUAAUUUAUAAAUAAAUAAAAAAUGUUUCUCUGAUACAA